AUGAAGAUGCUAGGUGGGGUCGCUUCGAAGCAAAGGUUAGGCUCAGGUCAGAUUUUGCCACCAACGAAUUCUCGACCCGCUGGUUUAGCAGCGGCAACAUCAGAGGCCAGCCCGGAAGCCCCUGCCUUACUUGCCGGAGCUCAGGAAAAGGAGACUUCUGACACAUCUCUUGCUAAUACCGCCGAUGAGAAAGCGGCGACCACCGAAAAGGGAUCACUUGCUGCCGUGGAACCAUCGCCGAUGGUCAUCAACGUCACUACGCCACCAUCCCCUGCCCUUGACGGCCCUGAACCAGGGAUGCCCAUCGUGGUGGCACUGACGAGCAAGAACCCUAAAAGCGUCGUUGGGAAGAGAAUCCCAGUGUGCAUCGUAAACAGGAGAUUCAAGAAGAAAAGAAGACCAAAGCAGAAGGAUCUGAAGACGAUGGAGAUAUUGGGUUGGCCUCCGGAUUGUCGGGCAGGGGGUUUCCCACCACAGAAGGACGAUUCCGAGGAGAAGGAGAAGAAGGCGGAAAGGCAACUCUCCUCUCGCAAGACCUAG